GCUCAAAGACUUUCUUGCACGAAUGUCAUCAUCGUUGAGAGCAGCUUCAGGUUCUUCACCUCUCUUAAAGACUACUGUUGUAUCUGGAGCGACUCGAAUUGGUGCCACUACAACAGCUACUGGAGGUCCUAUUGAACUACGGUUUUCGUCCCCUCCGCACGAGGUUUUCAUAUCCGGGAUGAAAGCCAGCACAUCAACUACGACGACCAGAGCUGCCCGGGUUCUCGCGUGCAGCAUCCUCGGUCGAUGGCAAAAGGGCUUGCCCACUCUUGUGAAAUUACUAGAGACCGAGGACGAUGAACAAGUCUUGUAUCCUUGUGCUCUGGCGCUCGGGCAGUUUCCUGCUGAAACUCUCGAGAACUCGCCUUGGUUCCGCACGGUUUUUCCUGAUCCUCGCAAUUCAGAAGAGACCAAUAAACCAGGUCGCAUUCAGAUAGUUCAAGCAGCCCUAAGAGCCCUGGAGAAUUUCAACGGAAAUAGAACGAGCGGCGUACUAGAGCUACCCCUAAGGAAUCCGAAUACAAGAUCUCCGAGUAAACGACCAAGUACACCACUCCUCUUACAGCAUCAACCACAUGGUUCUUCUAGCGCAAGUAGCUUCUCUAUUUUGCAGAGAGUAGUGCAAUUUUCUUUCUCGCACGGGGAUCCUUGGGUCCGACAGUGGGGUUGGCAAAGUGUCGCUCUCGCGUCCUGGCACAACAAAGAGUUUACGACAAUGGGAUUCGAAGCUGACUUGCACCUACUUGGAGGCUUUCUACUUGGCGGCCACGAAUUUUGGCAAACGGCUAAGGG